UCUGCUCCUCUGUGAAUGUUACAUGCAAUUAUAGUCAAACCUCUUCUUCUUUUACAGGUCAGCACUGACACUUCAGGCUUGAGGAAGCCAGAUCCGAAAGGUCGGAGUGCCCUGUUGGCUGAUAUCCAGCAAGGAACUCGCCUGCGAAAAGUCACACAGAUCAAUGACCGCAGUGCCCCACAAAUCGAAAGUUCGAAAGCAAGCAACAAAGAAGGGGGAGGCUCUGCCAACUCCCGAGGAGGAAACACACCCCCAGUCCUGGGAGAUCUCUUCGCUGGUGGCUUUCCUGUGUUGCGACCAGCAGGCCAGAGGGAUGUAGCAGGUGGCAAGACAGGGCAGGCCCCUGGUUCACGAGCGCCUUCUCCCCGGCUUCCCACCAAAACCAUUAGUGGCCCACUUAACCCCCCUGCGUCUCCCAGGCUAGGCAAUGCCUCUGAGGCCCAAGGCGCUGCCAGGAUAGUCCCUCCUCACCCCAAUGUGCCCGCCCCACCUCCACCCCCUCCGCCCCUACCUCCACCUCUACCACCGUCUUCCCCCACCAAGGCCUCGCUGGUUUCCCCACCUGGCCUACCGACCAAAGGGAGCUCUCCUGCCAUUGCACCCACUGUCCCCUGCCCUCCUCCGCCUCCACCUCCGCCGCUUCCUCCGACCCCACCCCCUCUGCCCCCGGCCUCCCUACUCAGUGACAAGGCAGUGAGGCCUCAGCUGGCCCCCUUGCACCUCCCGCCCAUCCCGCCCCCGCUCCCUCUCCUCCCACCCUGUGGGUAUCCAGGACUCAAUGAGGAGCCCGCCAGCCCCGCGCAAGAGGUGCCAGAGCCUCCCGCCCCGCCGCCGCCGCCCCCUCCGCCCCCUCCGCCGCCCCCACUCCCCCUGUAUGCUUCCUGUUCGCCCAGGGCUUCGGUGCCAGCGCCUCCCUUGCCCGGCGCUAACAACAGCAGCGAAACCCCUCCCCCGCUGCCCCCCAAGUCCCCCAGCUUCCAGGCCCAACAGCAGAAGGCGAGCGCGCAGGGCUUGCCCGCACCACCUGGCCCUCUGGGACCUCAGCCGCUCCUACAGAAGAGGAGGAUCUGCAGAGGCCCAGGGACCAGUGGGGGAAAGCUAAAUCCACCUCCAGCACCUCCUGCAAGAUCACCCACCACAGAGCUUUCAAGCAAGAGCCAGCAGAACCCUGCCUGGACCCCCACCCAGCAGCCCGGAGGUCAGUUGCGGAAUGGAAGCGUGCACAUCACCGAUGACUUCGAGUCUAAAUUCACGUUCCAUUCUGUGGAAGACUUUCCCCCUCCGGAUGAAUACAAACCAUGCCAGAAGAUUUACCCCAGCAAGGUCCCCCGAAGUCGCACACCUGGUCCCUGGCUCCAGACCGAGGCAGCAGGACAGAGCCCAGAUGACAUCAAAGGCAGAAAUGCUCAGGUAACAUAGCCCUCAAGGAGAUUCUCCUGGGGAACACAGAAAUACUCAGCAGCUGGGCAGCCUUCCUCAGACUCGUUUUCUACAUGGAAAGCCAUUUUGGCGUGGCUUUGUUUCAAGCCAGAAUGGAACACUUAGAAUUCAAGAGCUGAAACAUGGAAGGGCCCCCCCAGAAUCACUACCACAUGCAGAAGCAAGUUGAGCCACUCAGAACCCACUUUGGACUCAUUCUGCUGUCAUCACCCCAGUCCCUGCCCAUUCUUCCCUGAGUAGGAUAGUUUGAGAAGCCUGUGAAAAACCCUGUAGCAUUUCUAAAAUCUAAUUCAGUGUUCUCUCUCACCUGUAGAAUCCGUGGCUCCUUUUGGUGCCCUUAGAGCUUUUUCCUCCAUCGAUAUUAUAAUUGAUUUUGGCCAGAUUGACUCACAAGCCAAGUCCUUUGGCUAUAGGAAAUUGACAAGGCCAAGAGGGAGACCACACGGGUGCUUCUGUGCUAAGACAGUCUUGAAAGAAAUGCCCUUGCUCUCACCCCAUGCAACUAGAAGUGUCUCCUAACCUGGGCAGAGGUGACAUCUCCCAUUGGACAUAAUAGAGUCUCACAUUUAAAAGUCCUUUGUUUCUUUGAAAAUAUGUACAGUCCUACUCUGGCCCUCAUCCUGUUUCAGGGUUCUGUGUGACAGACAACGGGCUGGCUUGCUGGUACACUGGGCCAUCCCACAGCGGGAUGGAAUGUGAAGGAAAGUGACCUAAGAAGGAAGGGCCUCGAUUCCCAAAAUCCAGGGUAGUCCCUGGGACAGGCGGUAGGUACUUCCUCUGGCAAACAAGCAUUUCCCUUCUCUAACCUCAGCUAACCCAGGAAUAGCAAUAUCCAUUCUCAGAUGAUCAUAGGUUCAAAACAGGUAUACAACUGUAGUUAAAGAAGCAUAUGCACAUAAAAAAGAAAGAAGAGAGGAAGAAUAUGCACAGAAUUGUUACUAGAUGGAGGGGAUUCUGAGAGGAUGAUGGGAGGAUCUGUCUCCCCACCUGAACAACAAUUGCACUGGCAAAACCCAUCUGAUGGAUUUUGUAUGGAACUCUGUGUAGAACUCUGGGGUCCAUUGAAGGCUUGCAAGAUCCAGGGGAUGCUUGGAGAAUAAAUCAGAAUUGAUUUUAGGUGAUUUCAGCUUGUACCAGUAGCUGCUGAGCAUCCCCCAACCAGCCCCAUGGCAGGCAGCUAUGCAUGUGUUCUUGGAGUAACUUGCACACAGUUUGGGGGAGCCAAGAAGGGCAAAGGGGAAAAAAAUAUCCCCAUCCUCCACACGUUGGGGAUCUGGGCUUUAAUUGCCCACUGCUGCUUUUGAAAGUGUGGGUGCAGGUAAAGAGGUGGCAUCCCCCCUGCACCUCUUCCCACCACUGCAGGUCUCUCUCCUUCUAGCUGAAGCAACCUCCAGGAGAAUUUUUUUUCUUCUCUUCAUUUUACUGUUUCUACUUUUGGAAGCGAAACGUUAAAGACCAAGCUGUUUGAAAGCAACUUCCUAUGUAGGGGAAAUUAGGAAGUAACCACGUAUGUUCAAGAGAAAAGGCAGAGGCUCCAGAAAGACCUGAGAAGACCUUAAAUUUAUACCCCAAGCUGAUUCUUGGCAUAGAGAUAACAUACAAAAAAUAAGAUAAAAAUAGAUAGAAUAAAAUUAAAAUGAUAACAAAUACUUCUAGCAAAUUCUGAGGAAGGAAGAGGAUCUGCUUUCUAGUGUUACGGCAUUGUUUGAUUCAGAUAUCAUUCCCAACAACAAAAAAGAAAAUCACAAAUUACACAAAGAAGUAGAAGAGUGAAGACCAUUCAACAACAACAACAACAGUAUCUUUGAAAAAGGAUUGAUGGCAGAUCUAUUAGACAAAGAGUUUAAUACAGCAGUCUUAAAAAUGUUCAUGCUGGGCAUGGUGGCACGUACCUGUAAUCCCAACAAUUUGGGAGGCUAAAAGGGGAGGAGAGCAAGUUCGAAGCCAGCCUCAGCAACUUAGUGAUGCUC